AUGGCUGAUGCAGUGAUGUUGCAGACGGUGUUGUUUUUCAUCCUCCUUUCUUCUCGCUUUGUGCUCGGACAGGUCAGCUAUUCAAUUCCGGAGGAAAUGCCGAAAGAUUCAUUGGUUGGAAAUAUUGCUCAGGAUUUGGGUUUGGAUGUAAAAAGACUGAUAUCUGGAAAAGCUCGUAUUCAUACAAUGGACAACAAGGAAUACGUAGAACUGAACAAAGACAGAGGUGUGCUUCUUAUUAAAGAGAAAAUAGACCGCGAGUCUCUUUGCGCAAAGAAGAGUCCCUGUGCUUUACAUCUUCAAAUGAUACUCGAGAGCCCUAUGGAACUGUACACGAUUACUGUAGAAAUUACCGACAUAAAUGACAACGUCCCAUUUUUCGAAAGGGAUGAAAUUAGAAUUGAAAUAAGUGAAUCGGCUGUAACCGGAGCCAGAUUCGUGUUAGAAAGCGCAAUCGAUGCGGACGUCGGUACAAAUGGGCUACAGAGCUACUCGCUUAAACCGACAGAUAAUUUUGUUUUAGAGUUGCAGAACUAUGCAGAUGGUGGUAAAAGCGUAGAAAUUAUUUUACAAAAGUCCCUUGAUAGAGAGAAUCAAGGUCACUUAACUUUGUUAUUAACAGCGAUGGAUGGAGGUGAACCAGUGCUGUCUGGUACUGUACAGAUACACAUUAUUGUGCUAGAUGUUAAUGAUAACGCUCCUGUUUUUACGCAGAAAAUAUAUAAAGCCUCUGUAUUUGAAAACUUGCCAAAUAAUUUCAAAUUAAUAACUGUAAGCGCAUCUGAUGCCGAUCAAGGACCAAACGGACAGGUAACCUACUACAUUACAAACACAGAUCAAAGUGUAAAAGAUAUAUUUAUUAUCGAUCAAAAUAGUGGCGAAAUAUCAUUAUGCGGAGCGAUUGACUAUGAAAAGUCAGGCUAUUAUCAAAUUAAUAUUCAAGCCAGAGACCAAGGUGGACUUUCAGACUCCUGUAAAGUUAAUAUUGAUGUGCUAGAUAUAAAUGACAAUACACCAGUUAUUGCUGUUCUUUCUAUGUCCACUUUUAUAUCAGAAAAAUCUCCUUCAGGAACCGUAGUUGCAAUGAUGAACGUUAAUGACGCGGACUCAGAGGCAAAUGGGCAGGUCCAUUGCACUGUUAGCGAUAAUAUUCCCUUUUCUAUUAAAUCCGUAUCAAACAACGUUUUCAGUUUACUAACAGAACAUGAAUUAGAUAGAGAAACGGACUCUGAGUACAACAUCAGUCUAACAUGUUCUGAUCAAGGAAUUCCGUCACUCUCCAGCAGCGUUAAUCUCCGUUUACACAUUUCAGAUGUGAAUGAUAACCCACCUGUAUUUGAAAUAAAAAAGUACGAAGCUUAUGUGGUCGAGAACAACACUCCAGAUCUCUCUGUAUUCACAGUGAAAGCAGUUGACGCCGACUCAAACCAGAAUGCGCGCGUUUCUUAUAUAUUAGAAGAUAGUACAGUAAAUGGAGUUCCGGUGUCAUCAUAUGUGUCAGUCAGUGCUGAUAGUGGAAUUGUUAAUGCUGUGCGGUCUUUCGACUACGAGCAGUUGAAAUACUUCCAUUUCCGCGUAAAAUCGCAGGACGGAGGCUCCCCUCCACUCAGUAGUAAUGUGACAGUAAAAGUUAUAAUCCAAGAUCAGAAUGACAACGCUCCUCAGAUUCUAUACCCGGUACAGACUGGUGUCUCACCAGUGGCUGAGAUUGUUCCUCGUUCAGCAGAUGUUGGUUAUCUUGUGACUAAAGUGGUAGCUGUCGAUGUUGACUCUGGACAGAAUGCCUGGCUCUCCUACAAGCUCCAGAAAACAUCAGACAGGGCGCUGUUUGAAGUGGAACCACAAAAUGGAGAGAUACGGACUGUGCGCCAGGUCACCGAUAAAGAUGCCGUGAAACAGAAGCUCACUGUAGUUGUGGAGGAUAACGGACAGCCAUCUCGCUCAGCUGUAGUCAACAUCAAUGUAGCUGUAGCGGACAGUUUCCCUGAAGUGCUCUCGGAAUUCUCGGAUUUUACGCACGGCAAAGAAUAUAAUGAUGACCUGACGUUUUAUUUAGUUUUAGCACUGGCUGCUGUUUCUUUUUUAUUUAUCGCAACUGUAGUAGUUAUAAUAUCAGUGAAGAUCUACAGGUGGAGACAAUCGCGCAUUUUCUAUCAGUCCAAUUUGCCCGUUAUUCCGUACUAUCCACCUGGUUAUGCAGACACUGGAACUCUGCAUCACAUGUAUAAUUAUGAUGUCUGUAUGACAUCCGGCUCAAGAAAAAGUGACUGUAAGUACUCAACACUUGGUGGGAAAAGUGUUUUGCUGUUGGAUCAGAGUUUAACAGAAACGAUGCAACGUGAAAUAAAACCUUCAGAUUCUCCUGAAUUGGUAAGCCAUUUUUUAAAACACUUUUCUCUUUUAGAAUGUCUCAAAUGCAUAGGAACAGUAUACGCCCAUGCGUGA